AUGGCGAUGUAUGGUGGAAACGAUGUCACUGUGCACGCAGUUUUGGUGCCCUUUCCUGCGCAGGGUCACGUCAACUCUUUCAUUCAUCUCGCCGAUCUCUUGGCCGCACGGGUUUUUUUCAUCACUUUCGUCAACACAAAGUGGACUGAGAAAUGCAUGUUUCGAAGUACAGAGCUCAAGUCGGAACAGCAGCACUCCAAACCCAAUUUCCAAUUUUUGUCGUUCCCGGAUGGCUUACCGCCGGAUCACGGCCGCACCACCCAUCUGGGCGAGCUAUUUACAACGCUGGCAAAGCGUGGAGAGGCCUUGGAAGCUCUCCUCCGCACUGACAGUGGGAACGGUGUUCCUCCCAUCACGUGCGUCGUGGCAGACUGUUGCAUGUCGUGCACUGUAUCAGCAGCCGCCAAAAUGCGAGUGCCCAGAGUCGUCUUUUGGCCUGUUUGUGCCGCUAUCUCUAUUGCUUCAAAAUACUCUCAUUCUCUCAUUUCCCAGGGCCACAUUCCUGUCAAGGGUAUUCUUCUGCUCUGCUUUUAA